AUGUUUACAGCACUCCAGAAGCUGGGAUAUCGAGACGUCUAUCACAUGUUUCGGGCGAUCAAGAAUACUAAAGACUUUGAUCUCUGGAAUGAAGCUGUCGAUGCGAAGUGGUACGGCAAAGGGGAGCCGUACGAGCGUGCGGAUUGGGACCAGCUGCUGGGUGACUGUAUGGCUGCUCUUGGCUUUCCUUGCGCCGCAUUUGCGCCGGAACUCAUCGCCUCAUACCCCGAAGCCAAGGUUAUUCUCACACACCGAAAUCCAGAAGCUUAG